AUGAAUAAUCAAGCAUCUGAUCAAAAAAUUAUCGAAAUUCGGACUCCAGUUUUAUCAGACUAAGAGGAAGACAACUAGAAUAACAAACCAUAAUAGCAUCCUUUGUAAAUAAUUUAUGUUAUAAGAAUAGAUAAUUUUUAUACAUCUCUCCUAAUUUGUUUGUUAAAUUAUGGCCUGAAAUUAAGAAGUAGCUUGCGUUAUUAAAGACAACUUAAAAUAAUUUGACACCGUUUAAUGUGUAAUAGAGCUUGGAAGAAAUUUAUUGUUUGCAUUUCCCAAAUGUACAAAUUUUAAUUAAGUUAGCCUUAACAAAUCAAAUCAAAAAUCAAUUUCAGAAACUUUUAUUUGGCUUUGGAUGGUUUUCCAUAAAAAAAAGAAUUCUUAGCUAAAGUCCCAUAGAUAGCUGAUUUGGCUCUAAAAAUGGAUUCAGAAUUUACAGAUUAUUUAAGCAUGCUCUAAGAAAGAGUGGAAUUAAAAAGAAUACAAGUGGCAAUUUUAUUGGCAAAUAUGUUUUUAUGUGUUAUGCACUUAUAACCUGAUUUUAAAUUAUUGCCUCCAGUUUUCAUAAUGGGAAAAUUAUUCAACAGAUAAAAUGAGGAUAAUGCACAAAAUAAUAUUAAGAUCUAGAAGAUAAGAUGUCUAUUAUAUUACUUCCUUCAUGUAUUUUCACCUGAAUUCAAGCCCUAAGACAGAAUUACCUUUACAAGAAAAAAGCAAAAUUUAACAAUACAUAGUAAUCCCUUAUGCGAAUUUAUAUAUUGCGAAUAUGGCUAAAUGGAGAAUGUGUCAGAUUGUUAUAUAGUUGACUUUGCAAAUAAGAGAAUUGGAGGAGGAGUACUUAAUCUGGGGUGUGUGCAAGAGGAAAUAUUGUUUUUGACUCAUCCAGAAGCUCUGGCAUCAUUACUAAUAACCACAGAGAUCAAACCAGACGAAUCGAUUAUUAUUGAAAAUGUCAACAGACUUAUAAUGUAUGAUGGGUAUAGAGAUAAAUUUGAAUGCAAAGGAACUGUUAAGUAAAUCCGAAGUGUCAAUUUAAUAGUAAGAAAUUUAAUCACAUUUUAUAUAGUGUAUAGAUGCAGGAGAAUACUCUGGCAGUUACCAUUAUCAAUACAAGGAUUACAAGAGGGAAUUGAUCAAAUCUUAUAGUGGAUUCUAUGGAAUUUCUCGUAUAUGCACAGGCAAAUGGGGUUGUGGAGCAUUUGGAGGUGAAUGGCAAUUAAAAGCUUUGAUUUAAUGGGUUGCUGCAUCUUUAGGAGGAUGCCAAUAAUUAGUGUUCGUCAAUGAUGAGCCUUAUCCAUAUAAUUAAGCAUUCAAUUUACUUAAAGUUCUAAAUUCAAAUUAAUUGUGGGAAUAAAUAUAAAAAUAUUGUUAAAAAAAGUCCAAGGAAGAAAUGAGUAAAAUUAAUGCUAUUGAUUUUAUAUUAUCUUAAAAAUAAUUUUGA